AUGAAUGACGUGUGGUUUACGCGAUUGUUUGGAGGCGAAAGCAUGUCUCCUUCGUGUCGGCCGCACAGUUCGAUCAUUGCCACCACCUCCAUCCUGGAACUGCCCCCGACAUGUGUCGCAAAAGCGGCGGCAUUGUUGCGGGACCAACCCGACAAUUUGGAAUCUUAUCUUUCCCAGCCAUGCUGUGCAAGAGCACUGUGGCGCCAAGGCCUUGAAAAGGCAGAGGUGCUAGCAGCUGCUGCUGGCGUCGACCCGGCAAAUACGCCAGGGAAGUCGCCGCGAAAGCGCUAUGCACUGCAACUGCUGGGACAAAUAGUUUGGGAAACGGAACUGGGAGCGAGCAACUCGCCGAACCAGAUUGACCCCUGGGGGGAUCGAGCAACGCCACGGCACAUCGACAGAAAUCCUUGUGCUGAAGCCAGCUUGUCCCCUGAAGCCGGGGCGGCCGAUGGUUCCUGCAGGCAGAAAUCGCGCGCUAGAGCUCAGUCUGCCCGUGUUCGGAAGAAUGAGGUGCCGGAAGACAUUGGAGACCUUCGACGUUGGGAAACCAAACUCUCCUUUGCUCUCUAUAUCAAGGAGCAGCAUCACAAAGAAGUCCAAGAAAGAGCUCGAUCACGGAACGGGCGCAUUGAGGCCGUGCGAGCAAGUUAUGCGCAGAGGAAGCAAGAGCACGAGGAUCGACAGCAAUCGCACUGGCAACAGCGCACCAAAGAUCAUGAAGAACGUGUUGCCAGGAGCAAAGGCGCCAAGCAAGAAAUCUCAGACCUGAUGGUGAAUGCUUCUGCAGUGAGACAGGCUGUUCUUCAGACGAACCGGCGCAAAAUAUUCCAAGAACAAGAGACACUGAGGAGCCAGCGCAUCGAGCAGGAGUCAAAGAGGCAGCUUGAGGCAGAGCAGAAGCGUCGCAAGCUUCUCCAAGAAAAGGGUGUUGGAAGGGCAAAGCUGCGGGAAACGCGUGAAAUUUCAUGCAAGCAGGCCACGCGCUUGGAACGUAUCCGAAACGUCGAGCGCGAACUGCUGCGCCAGAAGAUCGAGUUCAAAUCACCGUCAGCUACACCGUCUGUGUCACCUCGCGCCCGGAGUCGACCAAGCAGUGCCAGAGGCUCGCAGCCAUUUGUCCCACAUCCGCCUUGCAGCAAGGCCCCAGCAGCGCGGCGACCCUUUGUCCAGGGCUACAAGGCCGAUGGUCGCAGCAAUGACACCCUCAGUGCAUGGGAUUGGGAACCGCUGGUUGAAAACAUUCCAGAGCCGUCCCUGAUGCCUUGGCCGCGAUGUGCGGAUGCGUUGGCGCAGGGCGACCAGACCGAAAGAACAAGGCCCAGCUCAGCGGAGGACGUUGCUUCAAGUCGGACGACAUCAGUACCAAAGAAGCCUCCAAUCGAAAAUCCUGAUGACAAGUCUGGUGAAUAUUUGGGGGCGGAGGGCAUCUUCCCGGUAUCUGGAUUCCGAACGGUUACUUCAGACGAUGUUCUGCAAAAGGACCUCGCAACAGCUGCUGCUCUUUUCGAUGAUCUGUUGGCCGAUGUCGAUGCUAAAACGAGCCCGGAGCUGGCGAAAGUACCAUCCACGGUCGAGUGUGCGGCUGACGAAUCUGCACCAGCAUCUGCCUCGCUACCAGAGGAGGCUGAUCCUGACCCGCGGCGGGACAAAAGCCGCAUCAGCCAUGCCGUGAGGGUGUUCGUUUACGGCAAGCUCGCUCACGAUGCUUCAAAAUGGGAGUUGCUGGUUCCUGCAUGCGAACCGCAAGACGAGAUCUUCCCGACAGCUGCAGCGGAUGGCCAGCAUGAUCAAAUCGUGGAUUCUGGAAUCCUUGAGGACAAUGAAGCGGUUCGUUUGAUGCCCGAGAACUCGGCUGCCCAAAGCGAACCCAUGCAGGGUGAUUCAAGCAGUGCUUCUCCUCCCCAUAAUGCUCAGGUGGAAUUCGAUGAAGAAUUGCCGAACGAGGUGGGCUUUCCUGAGGCAGACGGCGUUGAGGCAGAGAGAAGUGCGCCAGAAGAGGGUCUCACCAGGGAGCGAGACGAGCAGCCACAGUUCGUCCUCUUAGAGCCUCAGGACUCGAAAGCGUUGGAAGGUUUCGCUAUCCUGCUAUGCCGAACUCCUGAGCGCCGCGAAUCCGUGCAGACAGGCAUUUGUACCAGCCCUCGCGGCGAGAUGCCUGCGAAUAAGAAGAAGAAGGCGGAGACGCCACCAUCCUCUGAUGAUGAGCCAGAGGGGAGCGAGUCAGGUAGCAGUGAGGCUGCGGCAGCUCCCAAGAAGAAGAAUCUUUUCGCUUUGAUGAUGGACUCGGACGAGGAGGACUCGGACGAGGAGGAAGAGGAGGAGGAGGAGGAAGAGAAGCCACCUCCACCUCCGAAGAAACCGGAGAAGGCUGACAAGGCAGAGAAGGCUGACAAGCCGUCAGGGGACAGGGCGGAGAAGGUCGACAAGGUUGAAAAGGCUGCAAAAGAGGACAAGGCGGACUCGUCGCCGGAAAAGAAGAAGAAAAAGGAUGACCCCGUUGAUGAUGAGAUUGCUAUGUUUGGCGAGAAGAAGAAGAAAAAGAAGACUGCUGACAAGGAGGACAAAGAUGCCAAGGACGAGAAGAAGGAGAAGAAGGAAAAGAAAGAGAAGAAAGAGAAGAAAAAGAAAAGCCCGACCGUCUGUGAAAUCGUAGAGGUCUCUCCUAUUCCCAAGAAAGACAAGCUCAAGCUCUGCAAAGUGGUGGUGAUGGCCGGUGUUGACCCAGUUGACAUUGUCACGAGCGCCCCGAAUGUUGCUGCCAACAAGAAGUUCAUUGCAGCACCACCGGGAUACACGACAGCUAAUGGGGUCGAUGUCAAAGUUUCAACAGUGGGUGGUGUUGAAAGCGCCGGUAUGUUCUGCGGACCUAAAGAAAUGGGAUGGGACACUGAUGUGCUGGAUGCUGGCUUGGCUGUCAUGCUUGCAGAUUCUGCGGAAGUUGGUCAGCCAGCACCCUCUUAUGAAGAGGCCGUGGAGGCUCUUAAGGAACGGGAGCGAGAGGAACUCAGGAAGCAGGAGGAAGCAGCAAAGGCAGCAGCUGCGAAAGCGUCAGCCAGCAAAGAUGACAAGAAGGGUGGCAACAAGAAGAAGAAGAAGGGAAAGGGCAAAGACGAUGACGAAGACAUGGACGAUGUCUUGGCGGAGUUCAAAGAGGAUGUGCCAGAAGCUAUCCCAGAGAAGCCAGCUCCAGAAGCUGCACAGGAUGAGCAAGAUGACAAGGAUGAGAAGGACGAAGAGAUUGAUGCCAAGACCCUUGCCAAUCGAAAGAAGAAGGAAAAGAAGGCAAAAGCCAAGGCAAAGCAGAAGACAGGAGGAGAAGGCUUUUGGGGGUCGUCAGAGCCCCAAGAGGAGUCAGAGACCAAGGAGGCCCCCAAAGAGGAGCCAGCAGCCGCAGCAAGCAGCAGCAAAAAGGAGAAGGCCAAAGCCGCACCGAAGAAGGAGAGCGCCAUCGUCCGGGCAGCCCGUGAGCGCCUGGAGCUGGAGCAGAAAUUAGCAGAGGAGAAAAGGGCCUUCGAGGAGGCCGAGCGGAAGCGGAUCGAGGAGGAGCAGCGAGCAAUCGAAGAGGAGGAGAGGCGCUUGGAAGAAGAGCGGCAGAAGCGCCGAGAUGCCAAGGCCGCAAAGAUCGCGAAGCAGAAGGCGGAGGGCACUUACUUGACAAAAGCGCAGAAACUCAAGCAGCAACGAGCGGCUCAACUGCGCGAGCAGUUUGGCUUCACCAUGGAUAAGGACGAGGAGGAGGAGGCCGAGAAGGCUGAGGAAGACAAGCAGAAGCGGCCGAUGGCCACCAAGUUGAAGAAGAAGAAGCCCGCGCCCGGGGAGGAGGCAUCACCCGAAAAGGUCAAGGAGGAGCCGCCAGAGGAGAGGGAGGAGAAGCAAGAGGAGAAGGAGAAAAAGGCGGAAAAGAAGGAGGAGAAGCCGAUUGAGAAGGAGGAAGAGGAGGAGAGCGAUGGCUGGGAGAAGCUUGACGAACAGGAGGAAGAAAAGGAGGAAGCUGCCAAGGAGCAAGAGGCGUCCGAUGAGGAAAGCGGGGACGAAAGCAGCAGUUCCAGCAGCUCUUCUUCCUCUUCGUUUAUGGGAUACCGUUCGCCGGUGAUCUGCAUCAUGGGGCAUGUCGAUACAGGAAAAACCAAGCUUCUGGACAAGAUCCGUAGAACCAACGUGCAAGAAGGUGAAGCUGGUGGUAUCACCCAGCAGAUCGGAGCAACGUUUUUCCCUGACAUUGCACUACAAGAGCAGACGAAGAAGGUUGACGAGGACUUCGAGCUGGAGGUCCCUGGCCUGCUUAUCAUUGAUACGCCUGGUCACGAAUCCUUCAACAAUCUCCGGAUGCGCGGAUCCUCUUUGGCCGAUCUGGCAAUCCUUGUCAUUGACAUCAUGCACGGGCUCGAGCCUCAAACGGUGGAAUCGUUGGAGCUGCUGAAAAAGCGUCGUUGUCCGUUCAUCAUUGCGAUGAACAAGAUCGACAUCCUCUACCAGUGGAACGCAAAGUCGUAUACUAGUGCCCAAGAGGCAUUGAACCGACAAGAGCAGUCUGUGCGAAUGGAGUUCCAGACCCGGUACAACAACGUCAUGCUGCAGCUGAACGAGCGGGGGCUGAACUGCAGCCUGUAUUGGGAGAACGAUGAUCCGCGUACUUCUGUCUCCAUUGUUCCAACCAGCGCGCUUACCGGUGAGGGUGUGCCGGAUUUGUUGUACAUGAUCCUGAAGCUCACUCAAGACCUGAUGGGCGCCAAGCUGGAGUGCAGGGAGGAGCUGGAGUGUACAGUGAUCGAAGUCAAAAACAUCGAAGGCCUUGGGACCACCAUCGAUGUGGUGCUUCUCAAUGGCACCCUUCGUGAAGGUGACACAAUCGUUCUGGCUGGUUUGGGUGGUCCAAUUGUUACAACCAUCAGGGCUUUGCUGACACCUCAGCCAAUGAAGGAGAUGCGCGUUAAGAACGAGUACGUCAAACAUGCGGCGAUCAGCACCUCCAUGGGCGUGAAGAUCUCGGCACCAGGCCUCGAAGAGGCUGUGGCGGGCACGCAGCUCCUCGUUUGUGGGCCUGACGAUGAUCUCGAAGACUUGAAGGACGAAGCGAGCGAAGGCUUUGAGAGCAUCCUCAACGACUUUGCCAAGGAGCCGGCAGGAGUUUACGUGAAGGCCAGCACGCUGGGGUCGUUGGAGGCACUGCUCUCCUUCCUUCAGGACAUGAAGAUUCCGGUCUUUGACGUUGGAAUUGGAGAGGUGCACAAGAAGGAUGUAAAAAAAGCGAUGAUCAUGAAAGAGAAGAGGCACCCGGAGUAUGCACUCAUCCUUGCCUUCGAUGUCAAGGUGAACGCAGAUGCCCAGAAGCAAGCGGACACAGAUGGCGUCACGAUUUUCACCGCCGACAUCAUCUACCACUUGCAGGACAAGUUCACGAAGUACAUGGAGAAGUUCCGCGAAAGUCAGAAAACAGAAACACGAAAAGUAGCAGUGUUCCCAGUUGUGCUGCAGAUCGACAAGCAGCACAUCUUCCGCAAGCAGGAUCCCAUCAUCGUGGGUUGUCAAGUUGUGGGCGGCCAGUUGAGAGUGGGCACACCGCUCUGUGUCCCAGAUAAAGACAACAUGGUCAUUGGACACGUGGCCGGCAUUGAGAUCAACAAGAAAGGAGUGCCAAAAGCUCGCAGGGGUGACACGGUUUGUGUCAAGAUAGAACAGACGACUGCACAGAACCACAUCAUGUAUGGGCGCCAUUUCGACCACACCAGCCAGCUCUAUUCGAAGAUUUCGCGGGAAAGCAUUGACACAUUGAAAGAACACUUCAAGGAUGAGAUGAUCAAAGAGGAUUGGGAGUUGGUCAUCGGCAUGAAGAAGGUCUUCAGCAUCCAGUGA